AUGCCAUGCGAAGCUGUAUAUGGCAUCCUUUCUUACAUACACAACUUUAUUUGGAGCCGAUUCAGGUCGUGGUUUUGUUUGUUAGUGCUUUUGUUUUUGGUCAUUGUGAUAAUUUGUGAUUAUAUUUACCAACCUCAAACAAUUAAAGGCAUCUAUUCAAUCCCUGGAGAGUUGCCUAUUAUCGGUCAUUUGCAUUUGCUGUUACGAAAUCCUGCAAAGGUUUACAUGAAUUGGGCAGAACGUUACAACAAGUCAGUAUUUCAGAUUAGAUUGGGAGAAAGAAGGGUCGUUGUGGUUAAUUCGUAUGAUGAUGUAGUUGAUAUAUGGAUGAACCGCUCGUGUCAAAAUAACUCCCGACCCUUGAGCUACACAUUUCAUGGUCUAGUCGGCUCAUAUCAAAGCUUUACUGUAGGUUCAACGCCACAAAGUACUACAUACAAGAGAAAGAAGAGAGCCGUAUCCCAGCAAUUGAAUACCAAAUCAAUUUCAUCUCAUAAUUUGGCUAUCUCUGAGGAGAUAGAAUUUGUCUUGGGCAAACUAGUGAAUGAAGCUACAAAUACCGAUGUGGAUUUAGCCAAGUAUCUAAAAUAUUUUGCCUUGCGAUGUAGUGUGUUCUUGACGUAUGGUUUAUACUUGGACUGUUUUGGUAGAGACGAUGUAUUGUGCAAUGAGAUCAUAUCCAACGAGAGUGAAAUAAUCAAAUUGAGGUCACCUAUUUCGAAUUUACAGGAUUCCAUACCAUUGUUGAGAUUCUUUCCAAUGUUUACAAAUGCUCACAAAGCAGUCGACUGCAGGUACAGGAGAGAAAGAUACAUGAACGAACUUUACACAAGGUUUAAAAAUGAAGUCAGAAAGGGUAAUAAUGAAAGUAUAGACAGUUUCAUUGGUCAACUAUUGGUGGAAAGUAGCGAUAAACUAUUGAGUGAGGCAGAAAUCUAUAGCAUUUGUUUGACUUAUAUCAGUGCUGGUUUGGACAACACUCCACUCAAUUUGAACUACUUACUUGGAAUGCUUUCGCAACCAAAAGUUGGACAGUUAUAUCAAUCGAAAGCAAUCAACGAGAUUCUAUCAAACGCUGAUGGAGAUGUUGCAAGGGCGUGGGAGCAACUGAAUGAAUCUGAUUUGAGAAAUGUUUAUGUCCAUGCACUAAUUUUGGAGACUUUGAGACAGUUCACUGUCCUUCCGUUGAGCCUCCCGAGAACGACGACAAAAUCAUUUCUAUAUGGCGAUGUAGAAAUCCCUGCCGGCACUCAUUUGUUUAUGAAUGCAUAUGCUGCUAACCACGAUGGAAACCAUUUUGAAUACCCAUUAGAAUUUCGACCUGAAAGAUGGAUUGAUCAAAAUGGACAAAUCAACUUUACCACAAAAGCAAAUCAGCAUUUUUCAUUUGGUGCUGGAUCAAGAAUGUGUUCAGGGUAUAGCUUUGCUCUUAAGGAAAUGUACAUAUUUAUGGUUAAGUUUUUGUUGUUGUUUGAAAUACAUCCCCCUGAUUUCAAUUUGAUGAUUACAGAUCCAUUUCACAGUAACGAAGUCCCACAUGCAACAUCUUUUGAACCUCGUAAUCACAAUAUAAAGUUAGCAUUAUUACAAUUGCCAAAUCAUGAAAGGCUACGUGACAUGCUAUUAAAAAAGUAG